AGUUGAUGGAUCUCAUUCUAAUGUUUCUUGCCAAAUAGGAAAGGAAAUAAAAAAAUAAACCUACGGGGAGAGAGUGGCAGGUCCGUCUUAAUAAACACUUUUGCAUGUUAUAUAUAAAUUGGAGUUUCAGGUCAGGUCAGGUCAGUCCAAUACAUGCAAUAAUUCCUUGGGUUUAUAAUUUAAGAGCCUCAAAGACAUCCCUGCCCUGCAAUUGGACAGUCUUUGAGGGCUUGGAGUCUGGACAGUCUAUUAGGCCACAAGUGUCUUGCCAAACUGUCUAGUCAUGGCUUUCUUAAAUUACUAUUUAUUCCCCUACCGUGACUUUUUCAAAUUGAGAAAUAUUUGGACGAAAAAAUAAAAAAUGGCUAACUCAAUAAUUGAAGUUUGUGAAGAAAACAGGAUCACAGGCUGCCAUGAGAUAAAAGAUCUUCAUUCUAUAGAGAUUCAAUUCGAAAGUAUUAUAUAUAUGUCAUGUUUUACAGAGGUGCUACAUUCAUGGUGGUAGAGAAAAAUUAAAAUCCCAUAAAGCAUGGGAACCAUGCUAGGCCAUUCAUGGCAAAUAUUAUAUAGGGUGACCAAGACAUCAAGUUUUGUGCAUAAGGGGAGAAAUUAUGGUUGAGGCCAGGGUUCUAUUUUUCUUCUUCUAUCUCCUUCUGAAUCCAUUAUCUGCACACUUUCUUCAGUUGCAGAAAAUAUUUGCUAUGAUGACAAUUCAAGGUACAUGAGUUUAGACAAAGUAUGUUGAGUUGGGAUAUUGAGUUAUUUUGCGUUGAAUGACUUCAACUACUCCAUCCAUCUCACUCAAAAUAAUGUCCAAACUCUCGCAUGAAAAAUGAGUGAGCUACAUGACAAGCCUACAGUCCUCGUUUGUUCAUGCAAAGCUGCACCCUGGUAUUCAUCGUUAAUCUGUGUAUAUUUCAAGGAGAUAGUUAUCUCCUAUCUCUUGGCAUAUGUGAUGAUAUUUUUUUUCAAGUUCCAUCCAUGGCGGAUUCAGAUUCACAUAAAAAUCCCUUUAAUUUUCAUUUGCUUCACAACUUCAUGCAAACAGAUUAUUUGCUGAUGCACAAUCCUUAAACACCCUUGGACUACUGGUGGAUUGGGGAUUGCCCAUAAGUGACGCAAGGAGCGCCAACAUAUCUUGUUUAAGUUUGAAUUUUGGAAUAAGUUGUUAUAUAUAAAGUUCGAUUUCUUUGCAGCUUGAAAGCUGCCCUCUUCCUAAAGAAAGCUAAAACCCCAUCUUUUGGAUUUGCGUUCAGGCUUUUAAGGUAACAUCAGAAUUUGAAGUAGGAAUCUGGAAUGUUGAAAUUGAAAAGAGAUGGUUUCCCAUUGCUUGCCAUGGGAGUUGUCUUGUUUCCAAGGAACUCUUAACUUUAGGUCAUGAGCCUUUUCAUCCCCCUCAUAUAACCCCAAAUGAAUGGAUCCGUUUUGCACGUUGCUAGAAGAUAUUGAUCUGUACUUUCAAUGGAGAAAGAGGAGGAGACCAAAGAAUGUUCCGAGAGAAUCAUCCCCUUCACCCCGCUUGAACAAGUUCACUCGGAUUUCGCUUUAGCAAUCACUUUGCAGGAACAAGAGAGAGCCUUUGCAACACUCACAACCAUCGAAAGUACGAGUGAAGGGGACGAAGAAGAAGAAGAAAGUGAUAUUUUUUCUGAUAGUUAUCAUGAUGAUGAAGAUGAUAUUGAAUACCCCGAGAUCAGCCAAGAUAUUGGAGCUGAACUUGAGCCCCUCGAGGAGGAAAAUAGCAACAGCGAUGAAGAAAUGGAUGAAGAUGAUGGUCUAGACCUAGAUGAACUAUCUUAUGAGGAUAUGAUAGCACUAGGAGAGUUUAUAGGAGAAGAGAAGAGAGGAUUAUCGACAAGGGAAAUCCCUACAUGCUUAAGUGCCUGCAAAUAUCAGUCUAUUGAGAUCAAAACCGGCAUUGAUCGGUGUGUUGUUUGUCAGGUUGAGUAUGAAGAAGGUGAAACCCUAGUUGCUCUUCAUUGUGAACAUCCAUAUCAUGCAGAGUGUAUAAGCAAAUGGCUUCAAGUUAAGAAGAUUUGUCCAAUAUGCAGCACAGAAGUUUCACCACCCAACAUAGCUAAGACAACCUAGCUCUCCCUAGUUCUUUAAUUGUAAUAUUGUAUUUGCACUCAUGUAAAGAUUGUUAUGGUUUUAGAUUUGUUAUAUAGCAUUUGAAUGCAUGGAUUAGUUGGAAUAAAAAGAACUAUAUAUACAGGCUUCAAA